CGAAAAAAUCAAAUUUGGAAUCAAAAGAACUUGGUUUUCUGUAUUUCAACGAAUCCAUUCCGCAGUUAUUUCCCGUGUGCAGUUCGAGGAGACAUGGCACCAUCUUCGGUGAUAACGCCCAUCAUACGUCAUCCCUGGCCAAGCUCUGAUCCCGCAAGCCGGAGAUCUGGAUCAGUAGAUAGAAGUCGGUGCUUUUGAGUGAAACAGUCACUACAUUGCUCUCCAUACGCAUUUCGCAGGGGUGCGACAUUCCACUUUUAUCGACUCCCUGGGUGACAUAGAAUCCGAAGUCAAGAUUCAAGAUGGUUGUUGAAAAAUACGCCAACGCUGAGCCCGAGCUCAAGCAGGAGUUGAAGGCGAUUGCGGAAAAAAUCGUUUCCACCGGCAAGGGUAUACUGGCCGUGGAUGAAUCGCCUAACGAUAUGGGCGAACGUCUACGAGAUGUGAAUGUUGAAAACACCGAAGAAAAUCGCAGAGCUUGGCGCCAGCUCCUUUUCACCGCCAAUAAGGACGUAAUUAGCCAGCACAUCUCGGGGGUGAUUCUCUACCACGAGACACUCUAUCAAAAUGCCGACGACGGUACCCCGUUCGUAGAGCUUCUUCGUCAGCGCGACAUCAUCCCCGGCAUCAAGGUCGACACGGGCCUCGUUCCUCUGUUCGGCACCACAGGCGAACACACGGCCCAAGGCCUUGACGACCUCCAGGCACGCUGCAUCCAGUACAAGAAGGACGGAUGCGACUUUGCCAAGUGGCGUUGCGCGUUCAAGAUCACAAAGGACACCCCCAGCAAACUAUCAAUUCUGGAGAACGCGAACGUACUCGCACGCUACGCGAGCAUCUGCCAGAGCGCACGUAUCGUUCCCAUUGUCGAGCCGGAUAUCCUUUCCGACGGCGACCACGAUCUCACCCAAUGUCAACAGGUCACGGAAGAAGUACUAGCCGCUGUGUACAAGGCCCUCUCAGACCACCACGUUUACCUCGAGGGAACACUUCUAAAACCUAACAUGGUAACCCCAGGGCAAAGCUGCCCGAAGAAAGCUUCGCCCCAGGAGAUCGCUGCGGCGACUGUAACAGCUUUUCAGCGUACAGUACCGGUAGCAGUUCCCGGCAUCGCAUUCCUCAGCGGCGGACAAUCCGAGGAGGAUGCUUCGGUGAACCUUGACGCCAUAAACAAGUACCCUGGUAAAAAACCCUGGACUCUGACCUUCAGCUAUGGACGUGCUCUUCAAGCUUCCGCCCGUAGUGCUUGGAGUGGCGAUCCCAAUCAGAUCGCGGCUGGACAGGAGGAACUCGUGAAGAGAGUCAAGGCAAACGGUGCGGCUUGUCAAGGCAAGUACCUUGCUGGUAGUGUUUCUAGCGAGGCUGCCAGAGCAUCGAACUUUAUCGAAGGUCGUGUGUAUUAAGUAUUGUGCACUUCUCCCAUUUCUGAAAAGCACAGUAAGUAGCUACUUCGUUCCAAACAACAAGUUUCGAAGUGUUGUGCCUGAUUGUCAGAAAUGUGGCAACACUGAAAACCGCGGUGAUUGAAGAGAAAGAAAAACCAAACUAAUCAGAAGUAAAAGAAGAAAACCACGAACGUCACGCAAUGCUUUGUGAAUAAUCUUUACUGUAAAUAACUCUGAAUAAAUAAGUUAUGAUCGAA